CGGCACGCUUCUUGAACCCCCUAUUGAUGAGCUUGUACUUAAUUCUGUCCACUACCUAAUGCCAUAGCCAAUAUCCUUCGCUGUCCUAUAUUUAACAUCGGUCGCUGAGCGACCCUACCGCAAUUGCAUUCGGCCUCGAUUGACGAUAUAGCGUUCCCCAUCUACCCCCCUAUUCAUCCUCUCGCCAUGGCAAAUCGCCAGAUUACUCGGCGUAUAUUGAUAGGCGCUGUGAUUACAGCCAUCCUCCUUUGCUUUUUCCUCGUUCGACCGCAAGACUCGCCGAACCCCGCGAUCCGUUCCUCGAGCCAAGUCGCGAUUCCGGAGCCGGCAGCACUGACCAACAACGAUGUGACCAAGGGCGAAGUGGUGAUGCCGAAGCUGGGCAACGAGACGGCCAAAGCUGAACUAGGGCGUGCGACAUGGAAGUACUUCCAUACGAUGCUGGCGCGGUAUCCUGAAGAGCCCACAACCGAACAGCAGGAAAUCUUGCGGUCGUUCAUCUACCUCUUUGCACGACUCUAUCCCUGUGGCGAAUGCGCCUCGCAUUUUCAAGGACACCUCACCAAAUACCCCCCGCAAGUAUCGUCACGGAAUAUAGCGUCGGGCUGGGGCUGCUUUAUCCAUAACGAAGUGAACGCAAUGCUCAAGAAGCCUGAGUUUGACUGCAACAAGAUCGGCGACUUUUACGACUGUGGCUGCGCAGAGGACGAGAAAUCCGACGAUAAGAAACAAGAGCUCCAGAGUCAAAACCAGGAUCCCUCCCCGGAAUAGAGCGAUAAGAAAAGGAAUGGUGUGGAUCAGAGGAAUACGAAAACACGCGUGGGAUCGAUUAUUCUUGUAGUCUCCCCUCCCUCAUUUCUUGGUUUUGAUCCGUGCACGAUAUCUGGGUCCGGUCUUCUACCACCCUUGCAU